GGAAAGGUUCCGUGUGCGGCGCGCUGCGCGUCAGCUUGUUUGCAAGAGCAGUGACGAGACUGGAAGCCGAGCGGACUGCAGGCGUGGGCGUGAGGAGGCGGAAUCCACCUCCCUUCAGCACUGGGGGGCGGGAAGGAGGGGGCCGGGCCAGCGGCCAGCACCAGGCCGCGGAGACAGCGGGCUGCGGAGAUGGAGGGCGACGCGCCGCCGUGGGGCAGCGAGCCCGUGUCGGGUCCUGGCCCCGGCGGCGGCGGAAUGAUCCGCGAGCUGUGCCGGGGCUUCGGUCGCUACCGCCGCUACCUGGGCCGUCUGAGGCAGAACCUGCGCGAAACCCAGAAGUUCUUCCGCGACAUUAAGUGCUCCCACAACCAUAGCUGUCCCUCCUUCCCCGCGGGCUGCGGCGGGGCCGAGCCCGACGCUACUGGCGAUGUCGCCGAAAUGGGCCUGCCGGCGGGCCAGCUGAGCUGCAUUUCCUUCCCACCUAAGGAAGAGACGUACCUCCAGCAGAUUGUGGACUGCCUUCCCUGCAUACUGAUCCUCGGCCAGGAUUGUAAUGUCAAGUGCCAGCUGUUGAACCUGCUGCUGGGGGUGCAGGUGCUUCCUACCACCAGGCUGGGUACUGAAGACAGCUGUAAACUGCGGCGACUCCGCUUCACCUAUGGGACUCAGACUCGGGUCAGCUUGGCGCUCCCUGGACAGUAUGAACUAGUACAUACACUGGCUGCUCACCAGGGCAACUGGGAGACCAUCCCUGAGGAGGACUUGGAGGUCCAAGGGGACAGUAAGGAUGCUGCUCAUGUUUUAGCCGAGCUGGAGGUGACAGUGCAACAUGCCCUCUUAAAGGAAGUGGACAUUGUGGUGGCACCAUGCCAAGGUAUCCGGCCUGCAGUAGAUGUUCUGGGUGACUUGGUGAAUGAUUUCUUGCCUGUGAUAACCUAUGCACUCCACAAAGAUGAACUGUCUGAGAGGGAUGAGCAGGAGCUUCAGGAAAUCCGAAAGUAUUUCUCCUUCCCCAUAUUCUUUUUCAAAGUGCCGAAGAUGGAGAUAAUAGACUCCACUACCAGAACAGAGAAUGAAAGAUCACCUUUGUAUCACCAGCUAAUUGACCUGGGCUAUCUGAGUGGCUCUCACUGGAACUGUGGAACUCCUGGCCAGGACAUCAAAGCUCAGAGCAUGUUGGUGGAACAGAGUGAGAGGCUGAAACACUUGAGCACUUUUUCUCACCAGCUAUUGCAGGCUCGUCUGGUGGAUGCGGCCACGGCCCUGAACCUGGUGCACUGCCACUGCCUUGACAUAUUCAUUAACCAGGCCUUUGAUAUGCAGCGGGACCUGCAGAUUACUCCCAAACGGCUGGAAUAUACACGGAAAAAAGAGAAUGAGCUGUAUGAAUCACUGAUGAACAUUGCUAACCGAAAGCAGGAGGAAAUGAAGGAUAUGAUUGUUGAGACUCUUAAUACCAUGAAGGAAGAACUCCUGGAAGAUGCUACCAACAUGGAGUUUAAAGAUGUCAUUAUCCCCCAGAAUGGAGAACCAGUAGGCACCAGAGAGAUCAAAUGCUGCAUCCGACAGAUCCAGGAACUCAUUAUCUCCCGGCUUAAUCAGGCAGUGGCUAACAAGCUGAUCAGCUCAGUGGAUUACUUACGUGAGAGCUUUGUUGGAACCUUGGAGCGGUGUCUGCAGAGCCUGGAGAAGUCUCAGGAUGUCUCAGUUCACAUCACCAGUAAUUAUCUCAAACAGAUCUUAAAUGCUGCCUAUCAUGUUGAAGUCACGUUUCACUCAGGGUCCUCAGUUACAAGGAUGCUCUGGGAACAAAUCAAGCAGAUCAUCCAGCGUAUCGCGUGGGUGAGCCCACCUGCCAUCACUCUGGAGUGGAAGAGGAAGGUGGCCCAGGACGCCAUCGAGAGCCUCAGUGCCUCCAAGCUGGCCAAGAGCAUUUGCAGCCAAUUCCGGACUCGGCUCAAUAGUUCUCAUGAGGCUUUUGCAGCCUCCUUGCGACAGCUGGAAGCUGGCCACUCAGGCCGGCUGGAGAAGACGGAAGAUCUGUGGCUAAAGGUUCGGAAAGAUCAUGCCCCGCGCCUGGCCCGCCUUUCUCUGGAGAGCCGGUCUUUACAGGAUGUCUUGCUGCAUGGUAAACCUAAACUGGGACAGGAACUGGGCCGGGGACAGUAUGGUGUGGUGUACCUGUGUGACAACUGGGGAGGACACUUCCCUUGUGCCCUCAAGUCAGUUGUCCCUCCUGAUGAGAAGCACUGGAAUGAUCUGGCUUUGGAGUUUCACUAUAUGAGGUCUCUGCCGAAGCAUGAGCGGUUGGUGGACCUCCAUGGGUCAGUCAUUGACUACAGCUAUGGUGGUGGCUCCAGCAUUGCUGUGCUGCUUAUCAUGGAGCGGCUGCACCGGGACCUCUACACAGGGCUGAAGGCUGGGCUGACCCUGGAGACGCGUUUGCAGAUAGCAGUAGACGUGGUGGAGGGGAUCCGCUUCCUGCACAGCCAGGGACUUGUUCAUCGUGAUAUCAAACUGAAAAAUGUGCUGCUGGACAAACAGAACCGUGCCAAGAUCACAGACUUAGGAUUCUGCAAGCCAGAGGCCAUGAUGUCAGGCAGCAUUGUGGGGACACCAAUCCACAUGGCCCCUGAACUUUUCACAGGGAAGUAUGACAAUUCCGUGGAUGUCUAUGCUUUUGGGAUUCUUUUCUGGUAUAUCUGCUCAGGCUCUGUCAAACUUCCUGAAGCAUUUGAGAGGUGCGCUAGCAAAGACCAUCUCUGGAACAACGUGCGGAAAGGGGCCCGUCCAGAACGUUUGCCUGUAUUUGAUGAAGAGUGCUGGCAGUUGAUGGAAGCCUGUUGGGAUGGUGACCCCUCUAAGAGGCCUCUCUUGGGCAUUGUCCAGCCUAUGCUCCAGGGCAUUAUGGACCGUCUCUGCAAGUCAAGUUUCGAGCAGCCGAACAGAGGACUAGAUGAUUCUAUUUGAAAGCAAAAACCUUUUUCCCCCACUGUUUCUUUCUUUCCCCUCACCUUUUGGCAAUGGGGAGAAUUUGACAUUUAUUCACUAUAGGGAGCUCAUGGGGGACUUGGUGCUUGCUGAGCAGCUUGAGACCUUGCCAGAGAUGGCUCCUAGGCAGUGAGGAGCUGGAUGGCUGCAGAGCGACUGGAGCAGUUCACUGAUCCCCCAUACUACCCCUUCAGCAAAAAAUUGUCUAAGAUGUGCAGAAGUGGAACAUGGGAUGUUCUGGCCUCAAAACAGAAAAGGAGGCAAAUGUUACCAUUGUCUGUUCACUGUAUUAUGUUUCUGAGACAAAAAGUAGGGCACUGUAGUGGCAGUAGUAUUAAAAACAUCAUUUUCAUGAUGUCAGCUCUGGCUAGGAAUAGUUUGAGUCUACCCAAUGGUUAGGACCACUUAGAAAAUUUGACCUUAGUUCAGGAUUCUGUGAACAUAAGGACAGAAAAGAAAACAUCGUGGUUGCCUGGUUCUUGCUAUCUAUAACCAGGGAUCUCAGGUUGUAAUAGUACAGCUAAGAAGCUAGAAACAAGACUGCUGUUCCUCACUGUGCCAGUGUGUUUACAUUUAUAGGGCCACACAUCCCUAAUUUCUAGGGGAGGGAUUAACUGUUACAUCACCAAGAGGCAAAAAAAAAAAAAAAAAAAAAAGGCAUGUGCAUAUGUAUGUAUAUAUGUAUAUAACCUGUUGGAUUUGAGUUACUGCUAACUCCAGAACAGAAUCUGUUCUUUGGCCUAUGGGUCUUCCCUCUCACAGCCCUCUGCUGGUCUGAGGUGGCACAGUUCCAGACUGCAGAGCACAUGAUACUGGGGUGUGAGUGUCUGAGCAGAACCAACCUAGUGUGAAACGUGGGUGAGGCCUGAGAGCUGGGAAGGGUCAUACCCAUGGCCUGCAUAGAGAACUCCUAGAAGGGUACCAGCUGAUUUUCAUAGAAACUCUUCUUUUUGUGUUUGAAACUAAGGCACUAAUACUUUUAGAGCUUAACCAGUGGUUAAAAAGCCAAGGCUUCUUCUAUACCUUCCUUUUACCUUAUUUUAAAUAUAAUCUGUUAGAAGAAAAAGGAACCAGACCUUUCCCCACCAAAAAACAAAACAAAACAAAAAAAACAAUAGAAGACCAGUUUUGUGUAUUAUCUGGAAAGCACCCUGUCUUUGUGUCUGAGGAGGAAAAACUGACUCCUGGCUGAGAUGGGGAGCAGUUGAAAUAUUGGUGUAUCUCAGCUCUUGAUUUCAAGCCUUGCUCCACAAAACUGUCUGUGAGCUGUAGAAACACAGGUCAGUGAAGGAGUAGACAUGGAGGUGGGCAGCCUCCAUGCAUCUGUCCAAUCUCAAGGGCUAUGGAUGGGUGCUCUGUCCAGCUUCAAAGUGUGAAGUAGGUCCCGGAGUAGGUGUUUAAGAUGAGUGUUACAUUAGCGCUGGGGUUUUCUAGGGUUGUAACUGAAUGACCAGCCCUUACAUAUUAACAAAGUAUAAGCAGAGUAUAUAAUAACUUUCAUAUAACUUAAAGUUUAGUUUUAAAACUUUAGCCAUCCUAGGCUCUGAUUAUGAUAUGUUUGAGCACAGUAGCAGUCUCAGCACUUGCAGCCCCUUCAGGAACUUCAUGUAAUGCUAUACAUCUUUUUACAUUUAAAUGAUAAAGUAAGUGACUGACCAGUGUCUUUGGGGCAUUGGCUCCAACUUCAUUUUGGUACAGUGUUCAGCAUAUCUCGUAGAAUUUUAACACCUAUUUAACUACACUUCAGUUACUCUAUUCCCCUUGACAUUAACUUACUGCCCUUCUGGGGAUGAUGAUGGGGCUCCAGGAAGCUGCAUGUCAAGUUAAGGAAUAAGUAGUCUCUGCCAAAGAAUCGUUGUACAUCUGUUCUCUAUGAAAUUCCAAGAAAAAUCUUACAUAGUUAGUUCCCCUUUCCAGUCCACACUCUUAAUUCUAGUAUAAUCAGGAGUCUGUACUUCCAUUGUGAAGACCACAUUCCGAAUGUUCUUUGGAAGUCUUAGCUGAAACUCCCAUUACACACGGGAAGUUAAAUUUUUUCCCAGCCAGAGACCCUUUUCAGCUCAUCUCCUGUGGUUAGUCCACUCUCAGAUACCAGUUUUCUGUCAAAUUGCCGACAUUUUUGCCUAGUGGAAAGGGCAAGGGGACUGGUACUAGGUAAGGAGGUGAGUAGUUACUUUCAUUAUAAAAAAGUAUUCUGAGAAAAGGUGCAAGAUAUGCCUGGAAGUGUCCAGGCCAACCAAAGUCUACAUAUGGAUAUUUGGGGCUGUUAUUUAAAUACUCAGCAGGCUGAGUGCAGGAAUAUGUACCCACAUGUGUAUAAUGUAUGUGUACUUUUGUUGUAUAACGUUGUUAGCUAAUUUUGGAUUUUUUUCCCUUGGCACCUAUUAUAAUUAAAAUUAUGGAAUGCCAUGAAAAGUACUGUAUUGUAUACUACUUGAGAAGACACUAGAUAUUCUGAGAAGUGUGGCAGUACUUGGGCAGGACAGGGCACAUCACAGCCAAUAUCCUGAGGCUCUUACUUCCAAGUUUUGGUUGUUUGUGUUCCCAAGUGGUGAGGUAAGAUCAUGGCUGAGGGAGGAAGAAGCCUGGCCUGAAAAAUUACCCUUACUGUGUUCAGUCCUUCUAAAAAACUUAAUGAGGGCAGUUUACCCCACCCCAAAAAUAUCACCUGGCCUUUUUUCGUGAGCUUGAAGUCUGGUUGCUCAUUUGGCUUCAGAACCAAGCAAGAGGCCUUCCUGCAGUGCAGUCAGAAGAAACUGCAGUGAAGCUUGGGCCCCUGGACUAGUGACCCUGUGCCUAGAGCUUACAGUACAAGUGAGCGAUGCUGGUCCAGAGGAGGUGCCCAUAGGCAGACCCUGCCCUCCUGAUGUCCUGCUUCCCUGCUCCCCUGCUCCCCCGCUCCUCUGUAGAGUGGAUCCUUGACUGAGCAAGCCUUCCACGGCUCUGGGCAGGAGGGCUUCGCUGCUGUUGCCGGACCAAAGAGUCAUAUCUGACUCCAUCACCUUUAAGGGGACAGAGUCUAGGCAGCAGCUGCUCGUAUUUUAUUUUUUAAACACUAAAGCUCAAAGAAGUAGUAGGGGAAAAGGUAUGUUACUACCACAGAUAGAAACAGGAGAAUGGUAGAACUCUUGACCAGUAUCUGUCAGCUUCCGAACGGAUUUUUGUAACUUUGCUUGAGCUGCCAAAAGAGGGCUUGGAGGGCUGAGGGGCAGCACAGUGGCAGGGUGCAGCCUUGCCUGUGCUUGACCUUGGCUUCCAUCCCCAGUACCAAAAACCCAGAACAAAGGAGUUGGGAAAUGCUUCUCCUGAUAGAACGACUAGAGUGUCAGGGCUGAGAGGUGACAGCUACACUGAAUGACACUUCAUUUUUUGGUUUACUAUUUAGCACUGAGAAGCCCGGAGUGGGGGGUGUGAUUACAGCAGCACCGUGAGAUACUGAGGCAACCUCUGGCCUUGAUUUACAGAGAUGCCACACUUGGUGCUCCACUGGGCCAAUCUGGAAGCCUCUGAAGUUGGCACUGCAUCAGAGCAGGAUGAACAGCCCUGGAAAUGCCCAUCACCAAAGAGGAGUUACUUUCUUUGAACUUUUAAAGCUUGCUUUUUGGGUUUGCUGGCUCAAAUAACUCAUUUUUCUUAAAAAGAAGAUGAAGGGUGUAUUUUUCCAAAUAUCGGGGUGGGGUAGAGCUAGAUUGAUAAGAAGGGUAAGAAAGGAGUGGCCUUGAGGUGUUUCUAUCACAAACUCCCCUGGAGGUUCCAGAUAGCACUCUUGUUCUUAGCUAUUGUUUCAUGUUUAACUUCUGCUUUUUAAACAUCUACUCCAGCUGAGGUGAUGGCAGAGACAGUGUGAGAACAUCUGUCACCGGGAGGCCAGCUUGCUGAGAAAAGUGGUCACCAAUAGCUUGUUGUCUUUUGUCUUUAUGUAAUGGUUUUUUUGUUUGUGUUAAAGGACUAAUAUUUGUUACAGUGUUAAAAGUGUAACAUACUAAGUGUGUAGAAUAAAAGUGCAAUAACAAGAAAAAUACCUUGGCACAAACUCUGUAUGCCCCCUCCUUCCUUGUGCUACCUGGCUUUGUCCAUAUUGUUACAGGAGGACCAUGUUAACUGUGUAUUUUUAAGAGAUGCAACUAUGGGUUAAGUCUUUGCUUAGCAUAAUUUUGAAUGGUGGGGUUUGGUUUUAUAGAGUAUUCUAUAUAAUUGUUAGGAUGCACAAAUACAGGAUGUGCUGUAUAAUAAAGAUCACAUUAACGUUUUAGUUUUA